AUGUCUGAAACAAAUACUAAGAAUCAAAAAAAGCUGACGAAUCCACACAUCGCAGGCAAAAAGAGUUUUUCUUUAAUCUGUAACAAAUUGGAAAAUGAAACGGAAACUGUAUCAACUAAAGAGAUCUUCGUGGUCACAAGAACAAGGAAACCUGGGCGUUUAUACAAGACCUCAAAUGAAAACACAAAUAGUAAAAUUCAAAUGCAAGAAAGAAUUCAAAAGAUGGAGAAACAUAUGGAGGAACAAAAGAAAACUGUGCGACAAGAAGUUAUUACAGAUGUAAUUUCACAACUUCAGCAUGCGGGUUUAAUUGAUCGUAAUAUACUAGCAGCAUUGUCCAUUCCUUCUCCAAGAGAAACUUGUACUUCUGCACAAGCGGCUGAUCAAGGUGAUGAAAUUGAAGAAGGAGAUGAAAGCAGUAUUAAAGACUUGACAUAGGAGCUGACUGGAUUGAUGUUAAUUAACUUUAAUCAUCUAUGUUCUACAAAU